AUGACAAGCUUUUCCUACCGCGGCGUCUGCACCGAGGAGGAAUUUGACGCAACAGUAGAGCGCUGUCGUGCCAAGCAGGUAGAAUGGAAGACUCCGGCCCGGGAUAUGCAGCAGUGUAUCGAGUGGGACGUCUGGGUUUACUAUUUCCUCGAUUACAACAAUGUUGAGGCUGUUGUUGAUUUCCCUGGUAGAUCUCAAGUCGCCGGCGAUGGCCAACGCGCGCGGAAAUUCGAAACGGUUGAGAGGAGGAUCAUGCUUUAUAACUUUGAGGUGCUAAAUGUCUGGAAGGCGAAGAUAGAGAAGAUGGAGAUGCAGGAGAAGAAGCUGAGGGACGAUGGAAAGAUUGAAUUGGAGAGAUUGAUGACUGUGGCGUAUCAGAAGAAGAAGCGUGGCUAUCUGGAUUUUGACUACAAGCAACGAAAGGGGGUUGCAGACCAAACUCAUCAAUUUUACAGGGUCAAGGCAGAUGGUGUGAGAGAGGAGAUUGAUGAAUUGGAGAUUGAAUUGGAAAGAAUGAGGGGGUAUGUUAAACAGCGAUUGGACGCCAUUCAAGAGCAAUUGAAGGCUAUGAUUGAGAGCGCGGAAAACAUUUUGGGGGGAGCUUGA